UCUUAAAUCCAGAUUGUGUAGUUUCUGCAAAUAACAGCUCAGCUGGAAAACUGUAUGAAAAGUAAAAUGAACCUUGUUUCUUGUAAAAUACAACUUAAAACAAGGUCAUUUCAAGAUUGUUUGAUCGAAGAUAUUUAAGAUGCAUCGUCCCUCCAUCUGCUGAAAUGCUUCUGAAGUGAAUUUAUCUGAAAUCAAGUGGGAUGAGACAUUUGGACUAAAAAUAAGACAAACAGACUUGGUAAGAUUUGGCGUUGUUGCAGAGUGAAAGCUCUACGGCCGAUGGAUGGUGGUCUGUUAAAACCUGUUAGAACCACAAUAGAAAUGCUGUGGUGGCGCUGCUCUGCUGUUGUGUGUUUGGUUCAUCCUCUACUUUCUACUGAUGACGACGUGGAAAUAAAAGCCACUUCAUCUGAGGAGCUUCUACAAACAGGAAACCUGCACACGUUCAGACCCACAUCUUCCAGAGUAAAGGCUGGCUGCAGUUUUCCUCACGUUGUCUCUGAUCAUUUCUGUUCCAGGUCUUCAUCAACACCUCUGACCAUGAAGCUGCUGUCGGUGAGCCUCCUCCUCCUCGCUCCACUGCUCACCUGCUGCACAAAGACCAAGAAGCUGCCGCCGGACUGCUCCUACAUCCAGCUACACAACGAGAAAACAACCAGCGGAGUGUACACCAUCUACCCCACGGGAUCCAAACCUGGUGUCAAGGUGCGUUGUGAGAAGUCAGACGGAGGACAUUGGACGGUGUUCCAGAGCAGGCUGAAUGGAUCUUUGAACUUCUACAGACCCUGGGACCAGUACAAGAAGGGCUUCGGUAACCCUGCUGGAGAGUACUGGCUGGGUCUGGAGAACAUCCACCAGCUGACACGGCAGCGACGCUACGAGCUGCUGGUGGACAUGGAGGACUUUGAAGGGGGGAACGUGUCCGCCGGAUACUCCUCGUUCUCCGUGGACGGCGAGUGUGACGGUUACGCCCUGCAUGUGUCUGGAUUCACCAACGGGAGCGCCGGAGACUCUCUGAGAGUUCAUAAUGGACAGAAGUUCUCCACCUUUGACAAAGACCAGGAUUCCUAUGGAAAGAACUGUGCCAGACAAUUCCUGGGGGCGUUCUGGUACAAUAACUGUCACACUACAAACCCUAAUGGUGUUUAUCGCUGGGGGGCAGAUGGAACCCUCUAUGCAGUUGGAGUAGAAUGGUCCACCUGGAAGGGUCAUGACUACUCCCUGAAGACCAUCAGCAUGAAGAUCCGUCCUGUAAAGUAAACCUUCAGGACCAAUCCACAGCAGAACAUCACGUGCUGGUUUUCUGUCAUGUAAUCUCAUCUAAUCUUAGAAGCAAACUGGUGGUCUGAUGGUUGCAUCAGCUGCCAGCACAGUAACUAAAGCAGUCAGGUGAUGGUGAAUGUGAGCAGCUGCUGGCUGGAAAAUCAACUUUGGUGGAGGUUUGAUGUGAAUCAAUAAACAGGAAACUGGAGCCAUGUGA